GAAAUGACAGCUCCAGAGAAACAUUCUCCUGAGGCUCUUUUUCAAUUGCUGGAAACAACAAACAACAACGUUUUGAAUAUUCGGACUGAUGUAACCAAUCUUCAGACUGAUUUUAAUAAUCACAAAACAAGCACUUCAAAAAAUUUUGAAAAUCUUUCUGAAGCAUUGGGAAUCCUUAAUACUUCGAUGACCAACCAUACCAAUAAUUCAGAUGCGGAGUUUGAAGGUCUAAGAACAACAUUAGAAAACUACAGAGGUGCUUGUACUACAAAUUUUGAAGCAGAAAACCAAUCAUUUUUAAGAAUUGAUGGUCGAUUAAAUUUUAUGCGGCGUGGUAUUACACGUCUUACUCGUCGUUUAAGCAAUUUCGAGAUGAACAACAAUCAAAAUGUUCCCGGAAAUGCUGGUCUUAUCUUGAAUAUUGGUGAUGUUAAUCUGCCUCGUUAUUAUGCAAAUUAG